AUGAGGUGGAUUUGGGCAGUACUUUUCCUCGGCGUGCCUCUGGCCGCAUCGACUGACACGCGGAGCAGCCAGUUGGAUGCGUCGAGCUUCGGAGAGCUGCCGGGCGAGGAGCGGGCCAGCGACGACGGCCAGCCGCAGCGACCGCAACUCAACCCCGACGAAGACAAGUUCUUCCUGAGCUGGCUGCAGAAUGUGCUGGGCUACAGGCCGACGAUAGCGGGAACGACGACGACCACCACCACCGCGAUGCCGGCGCCGUCGCUGGGCGGACAGCCGUUCGGUGACUGCCCAGCCUGCUACUGCGGAAUCACCAACAAGCAGAAGCGCAUCGUCGGCGGCAUGGAGACGCAGGUGAACGAGUACCCGUGGGUCGCCCUGCUCACGUACAAGGGCCGCUUCUACUGUGGCGGCAGCGUGAUCAACUCCAAAUACGUGCUGACCGCGGCGCACUGCGUGGACAGGUUCCAGAAGGGCCUGAUCGGCGUGCGCAUCCUCGACCACGACCGCAACUCCACGCUCGAGAGCAAGAGCCAGGACUUCCGCGUGGCCGAGGUCAUCCGGCACAGCGCCUACUCGACGGUCAACUACAACAACGACAUCGCACUGUUGAAGCUGCAGGGCGCGAUCAAGUUCGACAAAAAGAUGCGGCCGGUCUGCCUGCCGGAGCGAGCCAAAACUUUCACCGGGCAGAUGGGCAUCGCGACCGGCUGGGGGGCCACCGAGGAAGGAGGACCCGUGUCCAACCACCUGCGCGAGGUCAGCGUGCCCAUUCUCUCCAACGCCGAGUGCCGCGCUAGCAAGUACCCCGCCCGCAAGAUCACCGACAACAUGCUCUGCGCCGGCUACAAGCAGGGCCAGAAGGACUCCUGCCAGGGCGACAGCGGCGGCCCCCUUCACAUCAAGUACGACGCCUUGCAUCGCAUCGUCGGCGUCGUCUCCUGGGGCGAGGGAUGUGCUCAGCCUGGCUACCCCGGCGUCUACACCAGGGUCAAUCGCUUCCUCACCUGGAUCACGCGCAACACCGAGGACGCCUGCUACUGCUCGGAUCCACCCGUCAUGCCCCUCUGA